AUGGGUGGCAAUGUUUCAUCGAAAAAGAAAAGCAGCAGCAAUUAUCCAGAACAUGAUGAUCCAGCCUAUCGCAAAUGUCAGGAGCUCAAGAUGGAGCGCUGGAUACAGAUGCACUAUCAAAUGAAACAACGUGAGCAGGCCCUGGCCCUGGCCAAGCAUCGUGAGCUGUUCUAUUGGCUUGGUGGCUUCUAUUUGAGCGCGGUCUACGGCUGUGGCAGCUACUAUCAGCGCGUGAAGCGAGUCUCAGCGCUGGCGCCGCUGCUGCCGCUCAGCUUUGUCAUGGGCUACUAUGCGGACUGGGCCUACGGCAGCAAAAUGCAUCGCAUACAAGCCGAGGCGAAUAUGAUAAUGGAGCAUGAGUCAGAGCUGCUGCAUUGGCCUGGCGGCUUGCCCACGGUCUCGAGCAUUGAUGAGGCGCGUGUGGAAAUUGAAAUGGAAAAGAAAAUGCAUCCGCAUCAUAUGUAGAUGGACCAUUCGAAAUUAGUUAACCAAUUGCUCAAUACACAUUUGGCAUAGACGUUAGAGUGGCUCAAUUUGUUAGCUGCAAAAAUAGAAAAUCAGCUAACAAAACGAACCACCCUACUAUACAAUAUGCUGGCGAUGUGGGGGUUUCCUGAACUGCAUUUGUGUUCUUCAAAGCAUUAAUUUAGUUAUUAGCUUAGCUAGGCAAUUAAUACAUAAUUAAUUUAGUCUGAUUGUUAGUUGCAGAGCAUUAAUGUUUAGUAAGUCCGUCCUGGUCCAAAGCAAUUUCAGUUACAAUUUAGAAUAAAAUAUUUUUAUUUGCCAGAAAUAUUUAGU